CCCCCCUCCCUCUCCCUCACCCCUCGGACGGGAGCGCACCGCCUGCCCCCUGUUCCUCGGGAAGGGAGGAAUUUAGCGGAAAAAAAAGUUUCCCAGAAGUUUGGAUCAGAGGGAGGUCGGGAAGGCAGAGAGGAAGAGAAAGAGGGAGGAGAGAAAGGGAGAGGGAGGGGGGAGAGAGAGAGAGAGGGAGAGAAUAAUAAUAAUAACAAAAAGCAAGAUGAAGUUCAGUGGGCACAGCCUGUGAGCGCCUGCCCCGGUGGGUGGGAAGCAGGACUCAGGCGCUCAUGCAGCAAGCCGGCGGCUCUCGGGGCGCUAGUUCCUAGCAGCUGGGCCAGCGUAGGGGCGCAGGUCCGAUCCGGCAGCGGAGGGCGGAGGAGGACGCAGGGGGAGUGUGCAGAGGACCAGCAAGCCGCCGCCUCCUCCUCAGCUUCGGCCGCCGCGCCGCCGCGUCUCCCGGGCCCGGCCCGGUGGGCGCUCCGAGCUUGAGGGCGCGCGCUGCUCCCUCGGUAGCGGGGGCGAGCGGAGGCCGGGGUGUGGGCGGCUAAAAUGAGUGAAAGGAGAAGAUCUGCAGUCGCCCUGAGCUCGCGAGCACAUGCUUUCUCCGUUGAAGCCCUGAUCGGCUCAAAUAAAAAGCGGAAACUGCGAGACUGGGAGGAGAAGGGGCUGGACCUGUCCAUGGAGGCGCUGAGCCCCGCGGGCCCACUCGGAGACACGGAGGACGCGGCGGCACACGGCCUGGAGCCCCACCCGGAUUCCGAGCAGAGCACUGGUUCAGACUCUGAGGUGCUCACCGAGCGGACUUCCUGCUCUUUCAGCACUCACCCUGACCUGGCCGCUGGCACUGCAGGCCCUGUGCCUGCCGCCAUGUCUUCCAUGGAGGAGAUUCAAGUAGAGCUUCAAUGUGCUGACCUCUGGAAGCGGUUCCAUGAUAUUGGAACUGAAAUGAUUAUCACCAAGGCAGGCAGGAGGAUGUUUCCUGCCAUGAGAGUGAAAAUCACUGGCCUAGAUCCCCAUCAGCAGUACUACAUAGCAAUGGACAUUGUGCCUGUGGACAAUAAAAGAUACAGAUAUGUGUAUCACAGCUCCAAGUGGAUGGUGGCUGGCAAUGCUGAUUCCCCUGUGCCCCCAAGAGUUUAUAUACACCCUGAUUCUCUAGCUUCUGGAGACACCUGGAUGAGACAGGUGGUCAGCUUCGACAAACUCAAGCUCACCAACAAUGAAUUGGAUGAUCAAGGACAUAUCAUUCUGCACUCUAUGCACAAAUACCAGCCUCGAGUUCACGUGAUUCGCAAAGACUUCAGCAGCGACCUUUCACCCACUAAGCCUGUUCCUGUUGGGGAUGGGGUGAAAACGUUCAACUUUCCUGAGACUGUGUUCACCACAGUGACAGCCUAUCAGAACCAGCAGAUUACCAGAUUAAAAAUUGACCGAAACCCUUUUGCUAAAGGAUUCAGAGAUUCUGGGAGAAACAGAACUGGACUUGAAGCCAUCAUGGAGACCUACGCGUUCUGGAGACCUCCUGUGCGCACACUCACCUUCGAAGACUUCACCACCAUGCAGAAGCAGCAAGGAGGCAGCACAGGCACUUCCCCAACCACCUCCAGCACUGGGACACCAUCCCCUUCGGCUUCUUCUCAUCUUUUAUCUCCAUCCUGUUCUCCUCCAACUUUUCAUCUGGCCCCCAAUACUUUCAACGUGGGCUGCCGAGAGAGCCAGCUGUGUAAUCUAAACCUCUCUGAUUAUCCACCAUGUGCCCGAAGCAACAUGGCUGCCUUGCAGAGCUACCCAGGGCUGAGUGACAGUGGCUACAACAGGCUCCAGAGUGGCACCUCUUCAGCCACUCAGCCCUCUGAAACCUUCAUGCCUCAGAGGACUCCAUCCCUCAUCUCAGGAAUACCAACUCCUCCCUCGUUGCCUGGCAACAGCAAGAUGGAAGCCUACGGUGGCCAGCUGGGGUCGUUCCCCACUUCCCAGUUUCAGUAUGUCAUGCAGGCAGGUAAUGCCGCCUCCAGCUCCUCAUCACCACACAUGUUCGGGGGCAGUCACAUGCAGCAGAGCUCCUACAAUGCCUUCUCCCUUCACAACCCUUACAACCUGUAUGGAUACAAUUUCCCCACCUCCCCUAGGCUAGCUGCAAGCCCAGAAAAACUGAGCGCCUCUCAAAGCACUUUACUCUGUUCUUCUCCUUCCAACGGGGCCUUUGGAGAGAGACAGUACCUGCCCUCGGGGAUGGAGCACAGCAUGCACAUGAUUAGUCCUUCACCCAAUAACCAACAGGCAACCAACGCUUGUGAUGGCCGGCAGUACGGGGCAGUUCCAGGCUCCUCCUCCCAGAUGUCCGUGCACAUGGUUUAAAGGCCAGUCCAAACACCACGGAGCAUAUGACAAUCAAGGCCCCAGAGUCUCCGUGGGCAGAUCCUCCUCUUUGGGAGUCCAGUGCCUUUGGAAAACAGGAACUGUGUAUUUUUUUUUUUUUCUGGAGAAAAACAUAUACCCAAGAACAGGAGACACCUUUAAGCCGCUGAAGGAUACUUGCGGUAGAAUCAUCCACAACUCAGUGGCCAUUCUCCUGCCUUCCCAGACCUUAGUUUUAUAAAGCAUUGUCUGUUCCAGAGUGGCCUUUGAAGAGACUGAUAAUCACUUCGUCAUAAUGUUAAGGGAGAUGCUAGUGUGUUGCAGCCAUGAAAAGUUACACACCCACAUACAGACAGACCUACCUAUGCAUACAUGCACACACACAUAUAUUCAUACACAAUUCACACACACGCAAACAUACAUGCACACUGACUCUGAACUGGGCAGACUCUGUGGAGGGAGGUCCAGAAUGGGUGCUUUCACCAAGAAUUUGUCUAUGUACAACCCUAGAUGGAGUGGGUCGGCAGUAGCUGCCAGCCAUUCUGUCCUGCAGCUUCCUCGGCUUCUGGAAUGAACCGUGUAUGUUGGAGACCCUCCCCGUGGAUGAGAGCAGAAGGAGAUCAGUACAACAGCUGGACUUGGCUUCUGGAAAAAGAUUGCUUUUGAGCUUUGGCUCUCUUCACUUGUAUGCUGUCACUGACAUUCCCAGUGGCGCCUGUGGAAAGAGGGAGUAAGAGCAGCUGAAUACAAGAAAGACAAACAGAAAGAAGAGAGAGCAAGUGAAAGGUGGAGAGCAAGACUGAGAGAGAAAGUGUGAGCAACGAUGAGAGUUUUAAUUCACCAAGGAGAUGUGUCUUUGGUUUGUCCUCCCAAACCCCACCCACCCCACUACAGGUUAUAGGAAGAAUCAUGGCGUUACUGAGGAGUCAACUUCUCUGGAACACUGAGCAUGGUCGGGGCAUUGGUGAGAGGGAUAGAGCAAGGGAUGCGUUCUGAUCCCACCGCUCUGACCACUGUGAUCCGGAGGAGAGGUGCACCAUGUGGGAAGUGCUGAUUCCACAGCUUGCAGCCUGGCAGGGGAAGGGAAAUAGGAGGGUGUGAAGAUGGAAGAGUUUUAUAAUCUCGGAAGAUGAUACCAAGAGCAGAGGCAACAAAUAGAGGCCUGGCCUCCACGUGCCGGAUCCAAACACCUGACCUAGCAUGCCUGCCCGCUAGCCCCUGUGGCAGGAAAAGUCCCCUCAUGUCCCAGGGAAUUGCAGAUGCGUCUUCUAUACCCUUCUACCUGUCCUUAGAUCUCCAUUUUUAUCAAAUAGUUCAUUGCAUUUUGAAGUUUUGGGUUUUUUCCUUCAUUUUUCCCUUUCCCUUCAAAUCUCGUAAUGAUAAGAAAACAAGUGAAGCUUAGUGCAAGCUAAAAGUUUAAAAUGGUGUGGAAAUGCAAAUAAUACCAAGUAAAAUAAUACAGAUAUUAUUAAGAUUUUUGGUUUUGAGGUGUUGUAGAUAUAUGUAUUUAUGUGCCUAGUGGGGAAUCCAAUAUGAUGAAUAUGAAAAAGGGGGCAAUAAAAGGGUAUGUAAAAUAUGUAUGAAGAAAAGGUGUAUAGAAAUUUGCCCUUAUGCACGGAACUGUUUCUAAGUGCCAAGCACAGAAAGCCUCUAAAUAAAAUCUUUGCAACCGUU